AUUGCAGGGCAUUCACUGACCUUCUUUCUACCUGUCGUGUUUGUUUUGACUUUAUGUUAGAAAGACUAUGAGUCUUUUGCCUAUAUGCAUGAAUAUACACCUCAGGUGUGUCUAGUCCUCAGAGUAGCCAGACAAUGGUCUGACACCUGCUGAAAGUAGAAUAAUGGAUAGCUGUGAUCCUGCUGUAAAUACAACAGUUCACCUCACUUAUUUGUAGGACCUGCAAGAUCUCUUCCUGAAGCAUGUAGCCUUUUCACUACCCUGCUUUAAGUUCCUGACAGGUACACUUCCAGUCCCUGCCCUGGUUCCCUUGUAUGGGGGAACAGUGUCACACAAUAGAACACACACACACACUGACACACACACACACACACACACACACACACACACACACACACACACACACACUAAUAUGUUUAUCCUGACUUAUGUCUCAUCCAAGCUUCCCACAGCUAGUGUGUCCUCUCCGUUACUCUUUGCUCGACGCUCUAUAUCUGCCCUUAGCUUAGUUGCCCAGUUACCUUUUCAUUGCUCACCACCAUAAAACUACUCUCAGCUUAAUUGCAUCUCUAAUCUCCAACCUGGGGUUGCGGCCAAUGAACACUCCUCUGGACAUCUUACAUGGUUGUCGACUCUCUCUCCAAAGCAAGACAAAUCUCUCUUUCCUGUCUCCUGCUUCUCUUUCCUCACCUUUGGGAACCUGGAAUUCUCACCUUUUCUACCCUUUCCAUUGGCUGCUGUCAAUGGAUCUUGAUCGAUCAAAAUCCAAUUAGAGACAAGGAACUGCAGAAUUUAUGUGCAGAUUCCCAGUCAAAGCAUGAGAUCCAUGCCCUAUACUUCACUGUUGAGCCAUCUCUCCUGCACUGUGUUGUUUACAUCUAAUCAACUUUCAUAUAGCUAAGAUUUUCUUCUGCCUAAUUGUAAAGUUCUUUUUUUUUCCCCCGGAGCUGAGGACCGAACCCAGGGUCUUGGGCUUGCUAGGCAAGCGCUCUACCACUGAGCUAAAUCACCAACCCCCUGCCUAAUUGUAAAUGUUUAAACAUAUAUUCCCUUUUGGUAAUAUCUUGUUAAUCUUACAAUUUGUACCUGUGGGCCUGAGGUUUCUGGAAGAUGACUAUAGAACUGGAUUUUAUGUAUAAUACUCUUAUAGAUUUAAGGAAAAACCUGAGGUCUUUCUAUAUUUCUGGUUUGGUUAGUCAAUUCUGGUAGAGGAUACAGGGUCUUACUAUGUACCUUUGGCUGUUCUAGAACUCAUUAUAUACCCCACACUGGCAUCCGACUCAAUGUGAUAAUUCUGCUUCUGUCUUCUUAUUGCAGUGUUAAAGGCAUAGGACAAUAGACCCAGCUUUUAACUGAUUUUUACAGUCAGUAAUUGUUAGUGUUAAUACAAUUUCUUCGAUGUGUGGUAAGCACUAUUGAUCUUGUAGAGCUUGUGUCCUCUUUACAUAUGUAGGUGUCAUUUCACUAGAAAGGCUACAUCCUAUUGAACAGGCUGUGAAAUGACAGGGGUGAACCUCAUUAAUACAUUUCCUUAAAGUAUGUAUUGGUAGUUACAGUAGAACUUUGGAGUCAAGAAAUAAGUCUGAUAGUCCCCAUAAUUAUAUGAACACAUUGUUUAUGAAGAAUACAUGCCCAAUGUUGUCUCUAUCAUGCUUUCUUUUGUACCCAUGUAUGGGAUACUCGAGAAGACAGUGACUUAUGAGGAUGUGCAUGUGAACUUCACUCAGGAAGAGUGGGCUUUGCUGGAUCCCUUCCAGAAGAAGCUCUACAAAGAUGUCAUGCUGGAGACCUACAGGAACCUCAAUGCUAUAGGCUUUAAUUGGGAAGACCAAAAUAUUGAGGAACAUUGUCAAAGAUCUAGAAGACAGAGAAGGCAUGAAAGAAGUCAGAGUGCAGAGAUUCCCUCCGAAUAUACUCACUGUGGAAAACCCUUUGCUUUACAUUCUCACAGUCAUCCUCAAAGGAAUGAAAAGAUUCAUUCAAAAAAGAAGCCUUCUGAAGUUAUUCAGUGUUUUGAAGCCUUUGCUCCUUACACAGUUCUCCAAAUACAUAAAAGAACACAAGCUAGGCAGAAACCUUAUGAAUGUAGUCAACGUGGUAAAGUUUUUGCAAAUCACAGUAAACUUAAAAGGCAUGAAAGACUUCAUACUGAAAAGAAACCCUACAAAUGUCAUGAAUGUGAUAAAGCUUUUUCACAACCCAUUAGACUCCAGAAGCAUCAAAGAGUUCACACUGGAGAGAAACCCUACAAAUGCAAUGAAUGUGAUAAAGCCUUUUCACGACCAGGUAGACUCCAGAUGCAUAAUAGAGUUCAUACUGGAGAGAAACCCUACAAAUAACAGUUCUCCUGUGAAUGUGAUAGUUCACCCUCCUGCAAGUUGAAUAGUGUAUUGUGAAAUAUAUCCACCUUGAUUCCUGGAGGAAGAAGAGAACAUGCCUGCUGAGUGCUAAUGCUGUCUUCAUUUUAGAUUGUAACCAUAGUACAACUAUAAGUAAACAUAACCAUAGUAACUAUAAGUAUUGAAGAAAACUAUAAGUUGAUAAUGAAUCUUAUUUGCAAGAAAAAAUGUUGAAGUGCUAUCUCUUUUAAUGUGUUAUUGCAUUCUUAGAGAGAAACACUUAUUCAGAACAAUUUUCUCAGAACCACAAUGAGUUCCAGACAACUGUUGCAGUGGGUAUGGCUGGUUGUUUCUAAACUUCAUGACAUAAUUUCAGUUUCUAAUAGACGCAUAUUAUCUUUGAAUUUUUUUCUCAUUUCUGUAGUUAGAGUCUGGCAUAGGUAUGUCACACACUGGCAGUAUAUAAAAUGUUAAACAAUAUAAGGAACAAUGAUGUCACUUGAAGCUAAAAGCAUACUUGGAUCUUUUCUGUAGAAUGCACAUAGUGGAAGUAGACAAUAGACACCUGUAAGAUGCUCUUUUCUCACUGCUACCUAUACCCAUGGCACAGGUGUAUAUGCACAAACAUAGUUGAUGUUGGGAUCGGCUAAAGAUGGCACUGACAUCUAGUGGUCGUUUGUGGUAUACAACCAUUAUAGCAGUGUCCCUGGCCUUCUUCUGGCAUUUACAAGGCCAGGGUGAUAUGCAUGCUAAUAAGGUAUUUCCUACUCCACCAAUCCUCAGAGGACAAGUUUACAGCCACUGUCUGUCUUGUACUUAAGGCGAGUGCCUUUGUUCCCCGUUCCCCCGUAUCAAGAAUGAGGUGUUCCUGCAAUAAAGGCUGUUGAGAAGAA